GUCCGUGUUAAUUCCGCGACGACGAAAACAUCCCAGUAACCGAAUCCGGACGCGGUUCCGGGAAUCCGUUCCCGUCACCUGGUAGAAAAGGAGGUUGCUGCGAGGCCGGCAUUUUGUUUUAGCGCCGCGAUUUCGUUCGUUCGGUGCACUCGCCGACCGGCCAGAAAAUCGGUGCGGAUCCGGCGUUAUUUAUAAAGCGAGGUGCGACGUACGUUGUUAUUGUGCCCGAUCGUACGGUUUUGGGAAGUGUUGCGACGUUCGGUCAGCAAAAAUGGCCUCGAAAGUGAUUGCCAAAUUACCGGUGGCACCCUUUGCACAGGUGAACAAAUCGAAGUCUGGAAAUGUAAACGGGGAAAUAGUGACUGUCUCGCGUACAACGGAGGUCCCAUCACGAAGUCUGGAGCCCAUAAAAGGUCCGGAAGCUUCCAGGAUAGCACAGCUUGAGCAGAACAUACGGUUCCUGCAAGAGCAACACCAGUUGAUGUUGAGCGGACUCCAUCACGAAAUCGAGAGUCUGCGUAACAGAAACAAAGAGCUUCAGUUCCAAUUGGUUUUCGUAAAGGGAUCCGUUCCCAGCUCCCCGUCGUCCCCCGAGGAUGAAUCCAGAUACAAGACUUACACCAGUCCGAAAACCUUCAACAUCACUCCUCUUCAAGUUGAACUACUCGAAAAGGAGAUGGGUGACCUGAAGUUGCAAUUGCAGGAGGCUGAAAGCAGGAACGUGUAUUUGUCCGCCAUUGUUGACGAACAAAAGAAGAAAUUGGAACGUUACGAACGCGACCGCGAAAAAGAACGAGAACGCGCCUGCCAACCGGACCCGGAGUUGCUGCGCAAACUCGACGACGCCGAGGCCAUAAUACGCAGACUGCGCCGUGAGAACUCGGAUCUGCGCAGAGAGACGUCGGCCGCAGCCACCGUGGCCGCUACACAGCAGUACCACCAUGCGGCUAACGGUGAUCGUUCGCCGAAUCACCAUCGUGAGAAUGGAGGCGGUUACCAGUCGCCCAGGGGCGGACAGAACCGCGGCAACCACAGACACCACCGGGGCCAUGGCGGUGGUGGCAAUAACCACUUCCGCGGCAACUGGUUCCCGCCCCUCCAUUCGCAGAGCUACUGGCAGGGCGGCAGUAAAAACGGGGGCCCGCCGCCCCCGAACGGCGACACGGCCCCCUUGCCUACUCUACAACCGCAGAACGAGACGACCGGUGGCCCCGCGGCCCACCACCACCAACAACAGCAGCAGUACCAAGGCAGGCGCAGCCACAACAACAACCAUCAUUACCACAACGGCGAUGGUCGGAAGUACAGGCAGAACAAGGGCGGCAAGACCUCCUAAUGCCCGGCCGAGGGAUGGCUCUCGAUUCGCGACAUGGAGAUGGGAUAGCACUUCGUUCAAAGUCGCAAGCGCACCAGAUAAAAUUCGAUUAGUGGUUGUCAUAGUGUUUUAAACAAAGUUAUGUAACUUAGCAUCUGUGUAUAGGGUUAUGCAAUUGUAACGAUCGGUUUAAAAGCUGAUCAAGCCGCAAAAGGAAACUAUAGCAAUAAUCUGAUGUGUUGGUUUUAGAUGAUAAUGAUGCAUCUCCGUUGAUUCCAAAUGAUGCGGUUGAUUUCUUCUAGUUAGAUAGCGCUUAAUCAAGUGUUACCUUCGUUGGCGAUUGUUAUUACCUUUGUGCAUAUGUUUUUAUUGAUAACAUCAAUAAAAUAGAUUUGCUGUCGACCUUACACAAUUGUACUUCGUUUUUCAAAAAUCUAAUAGUGGACCACACCUAACGAAGAGCAAUUCUUAUGACUACUUCUUUAUUCUUCUUGUUAAUGCAUUCUUAAAACCUAAAAAAACCAACACUCUUCAAAUCUGCCCCUACUAUAUAAAACUACAAACUUAAACUCUAAAUAACACUAUCAGUAUGCUAUUAUGAUUAAAGAUGAAAAUUAUUAUUCAGUGUUAUAUAAAUUGUAUGUAUAUCAAUACUAUUACGCUUGAAUUAUUCCAUAAGUAUGACAAAGAUAUGAACUUAUAUGUAGGUAUGUAAUAAUGAUUGCACAAUAGUGAUUACGAAUUUUAUCUAUGGUGUUUACAAUAUAAAGAACUGUUCUACACUCGCUAUUUCUAAAAACAGUUGAUAGAUGAUGUUGUUAUAAAAGAAUUAUCUGUGCGCAUGCGUUGACAAACUACUACGCCCAUCUCUAUAUUAUAACGCUUGAAGGCUGUCUAUAAUAUUAAUAAUAAUAAUUAUGUUAUAAUAUAUAUUUUACUAUUCAUUCCCAGGUGGAUAUUUCAUUUUUGAGACACAACAAUAAUUAUUUUUUGGAUUAGGGUAGAUGGAUAAUAAUAGUGUGCAAGGUGCAAUAAUUAAAACAGAUUUCUAAUAAUUAUGUUGAACUGAUACACAAACAAUCAAAAUAUGAAUUUUCAACUGGGAAAUCUAAUUGUUGCGAUUUUUAGAAAUCGAAAUUUAUGAAACAAAAUUUAAAACAUUAUAGAGACUUAAUUUUUGUGAUCGAAUUGUCGUUUGGUAAAGUUAUUUCCUAAAUAUAUUCUUUAUUUGACAAUUUCACGUUUGACAACAUUUAUAAUAUUAUGCCUUUGGUGUCCAUAAGAAACACCAACACAACAUUCACCACAUAAAUAUUUUAAUGGACCAUUAUUACACAAUUAUAAAUUGAUUUCUGCGGAAGUAACUUUUCAAACGUGUAUUCCUUAUUAUUCCUCAGCCCAGUUGCGAUGGGAUUGUUAGUAGUACAAAUUGAGUUAGGCUGGGAAUUAUUUUACCAUUCGAUGUCUUAAAAAAAACAUAAAAAACAGUAUUUAGUGCUUUUAUAUUCGGCCUUCAGACCAAUUUUCCUCUUUUCAUGAAAAAUGUUGUUUCGGAGAACAACGUGGUUUUCGACGAAACAAGAAAAAAAUAUGUGAUAUAUGGUCUGAUCGCCCAACCCCAAUCUAUUAUGAUAAAUAUAAGGAUAAUGUGUAGCUUCAAAUGUGAUCUAUUUUAUAAAAAACAACAAUUAUAUUCAUUGUUUUUCUCAUAAAAAAUACACGGGUGGAAAUGUUGAUGUGUCAAGUAUAAAUUGUAAACAUUUUCUUUAAGAUAGUUAUCAAAAUUUGCAUCAUCCAUUAAAGAAAUUAAUAAUAUUACUACAUACUAAAUAAUAUAAAAUAAGUUAGGGUAAGCGGAGAAAUCUUGACCAAAGUUCACUGUACUUGUAACACAAUAUAUCAACAUUUCAUAAUUAUAAUUGUUUAUGAUUUUCCGAAUAUAAUUGUUGACAAUACAGAGCUUUAGUAUUCAGUAUUUAUAUAUUUCUAUUAAAUUUAUUUAUUAUAAAGACCUAAUCUAUUUUACAGAAUACCAAUGACAAACAAACAUGUACUUAAAAUGUAAACGCAAAUUUUGUUUUGGUAUUCCUGUAAAUAUAGGCCGACUUUAAAAAUAUACACAAUUACAUACAUAUAUACAAUAUCUGUUAUCUAUAUGCUAUACUUAAUUAAAAAAAUAGUGUAGCCUACGAGGUUUUGCACUUUUGUGUGUUUUAUUAUACCAAAAUAUGUAUUUUUAGUUACCAUAUAUGUGUACAACUCUCAAUAAAUCAGUAUACUAGA